GUAACUUGUUUACGCGCGUGUUUUUCUUUACUUUGUUAGCAGAUAGUACUCUCACGCAAAUGAUUUUAUUUGUUUUUGCGCUAAAUAUUAUAAAUAAAUAUAACUUUGCAUUUACUACUAAAUAUGUCACGAUUCACUACCAUAACAAUAUUUUGUAAUAUUUAUUUUACUUACUCUUUGUUUUGUGUUGUAUACACUCAUAUUUUUGGACUAUUUCAAUAAUUUAUUAUUUUAAUAAAGAGUCCAUUGCGAAGAAAAUCGGUAAACUGCAUCAAAUUUGUAAAUAAAUACUAUCGAGCAUGCAUUACACUCAGCUCUGUCCGAACUUAUUCAGCGUGGUCGUAGCCACACGAAUCUCGUCUUAAGUUUGACACAACUAGUCUGUCAUCUAAGAUAUAGAGUUAAAAUAAACCUGUAUAUAUUUUUAUGCAUUAAACAAAUAAAUAUGUAUAAUAAAAUAAGUAUGUAUAUAUCUAUAACGCAAGCUAGUCUCCCUGCUAACGCAGCAGAUGGACAUUUGACAAGCUUUGCGUAGCGGAGCUAUGGAGGCACGGCUUUAUAAAACCUCUAUGUAUCUAAAACGAGUUAGGUAAACACAGAGUAGCGUCGUGGAGAGGCCCGCAAGCAAAUAUUUGUCAAUGGACAACAAUGCGGUUCGAAAAUGUGAGUACCUCAGAGUAUGUAAUGAGUACCUCAAUCUUCACACAUUUUUUUUUAUACGCAAUGACAUGUGCCGAUUUCUUCUUAUCGUGUGUUAACACUGGUGUCAGAUUAUGAAUAUGAUACUUAAAUAAAUAACCUUAAGGCGUCUGAUAUUACUUUUACGAUUAGUUGCAAGUAGGUGCAUACACACUGGUGAACGUAAACUAUCAACCAAUGCCAACUGAUUCGAGAAUAAGCAAGUGGGUAGAGCUACUACGUGUUUACCAAAAUACCAAAUGAAAAAAAAUCGUAAGAACUUUACGUACAUAUAAGAACAUGCGUUUAUUCUAAGCAGUCAACACUGUAAAUAUGAUAUGACCUUAUUAUUGGCAAUAUCGCGGGUUCCAAGCAAUAUAUCCCGCCAAAACCAAUACCAAAACCCAUCCAACUCGAUUCAGUAGAUGUCGCGUGAUGCGCGAACAAACAAAAAUAAUUAUUUUAGCCUUUAUUAGUCUCAUAAAGACCUCAAUAAUUAUUGUUCUUUAAUAUUUCCAAUGUACAGACAUAGCACACUUACAGUUUUAUUACAUGUAUAGAUUAUUACUGAAUCAACAACCUUUUACACAAUACUAUAACUUACAACAUUCAAUACAAGUGGCGUCGAGACGCAGUCGUGUAUUUGCUUGAAAACGAAAAGGAUAAUUAAUACUUGUAAACUUUUUGCAUUGUCUAAAAUAUAAAUUCUUUGAACAUUCUAGGGGACAAAAUUAUUAUCUAAUAAAAUUAAAUUAGACAUUUGAAAAAAGAAACAAUGGAAUAUAGAUAGAAAUCAAAGCAAUAAAUAAAUUAAUAGAUACAAAAAAAAAACUUAAACAGAGUAUAAAAUAGGCUAAUAAAAUGCCGAAGAGAACAAAAGAGUAUAGAAAAACAUCGGUCAAAGACGAUGCUGCUCUGGUUGAGGCCGAGCGACCGAAGGACACAAACCAGAUAACUAUUCCCGAAGAUACAGUGCACCUGGAUGAUAUCCUGGAGAAACUGGGAGCGUUCGGGAAACACCAGUUGGUGACCAUGUGUUUGCUUUCGUUGGUCUACGCAACUAAUUCCAUGUAUAACAUCAACUAUGUGUUCGCUGUUGAGGAUGUCCAAUACAGAUGCAAAAUCCCGUCCUGCGAGUCCUCCAACGGGUCAUUCUUCGUACCCUGGCUGAAUGACUCCUACAAAGAGUUGGGCGAAGACGUGAAGCAAUGUCAGAGAUACUCCCCUCUGGACAACCGGUGUUCUUCCUUCAACAGCAGCGUCCAGGAGACCUGCUCUGAGUGGGUUUACGAAAAGUCGAACAGUUUCGUUGCGGAGUUUAAUUUAGCCUGCGAGGACUGGAAGCCGACCCUGGUGGGGACGGUGCACAGCUUCGGGAACAUGCUGGGGAUGCUGCUGCAGGGACAGAUAUCCGACAGGUUCGGCCGUAAAACUGCAGCCGUGUUUGCCGGGUCCAUGGGCGCUGUUCUGGGUCUCUCAAAGAGUUUUGCAACUUCGUUUUGGUUCUACAUCGUACUUGAAGGUUUAGAAGCUGCUAUUGGAGACGCCCUUUCUCCUAUGUUCAUGAUGAGUAUCGAAAUUGUCGAGAAGAAGAAGGCUGUACUGUUCCAAAUGAUAUUACUGAACUGCUACACGAGUGGCCUGAUCAUAAUGCCUCUUAUAGCGUGGUCCGUGCCCUAUUGGCGCAACUUCUUGAGAGUCAUCUACGCGCCCACCAUCAUCAUACUGACGUACUCGUUCUACCUCGAUGAAAGCAUACGAUGGCUUUUCAGCAAAGGGAAGAGAAAAGAAGCUAUAAAAUUAAUCGAGAAAGUAGCAAUAAAAAAUGACGUGAAGAUCGACACAGUCAUGUUAGAGAAAUUACAUAACAUAGAUGAAGAGACGAAGAACGAUUUGAAACACAAAGCGCUGCUAUUGAAAACUUUUCAGUCGAGAAUUAUGGUCCAAAGAUUUUUAGUCUGUAUACUGUAUUGGUUCACGAUCACUCUAAUAAACUAUGGGAUGAUGGUUAGCGCUGUCUUCAUCGACGGCAAUAAGUAUCUGAACUUCUCUUUGCUAAUGACGAUGGACAUCUUCUCCAAUAUUUUCUACUGGCUGGUACUCUCUAAAUACAAGAGGAAAAUUCCGUUGAUUAUCUCAUUUAUAAUUGGUGGAAUUUUCUGCAUCUGCCAGCCUUUUGUACCAAAAUCAUAUGCCUGGAUCGGUCUAGUGCUGUACAUGGCGUUCGAGAUGCUGGCCACCUUCUCCAGCAACGUGGUAUACAUCUACACCUCCGAGCUAUUCCCCACAUACACCAGGAACUCCAUACACUCGCUCUGCUCCGCUAUCGGCAGGAUCGGAUCUCUUCUUGGGCCACAAACUCCUUUGAUGAUAUCAUACUGGUCGCACCUGCCCGCCAUGUUAUUCGGGAUGACGUCACUGGCGUGCGGCUUCCUCAGCCUGCUGAUGCCGGAGACAGCCAACACGGAGCUCCCCAACACGGUCCGGGAGGCCGAGAACAUCGGCAGACCAGCGCACAAGCGCCGGCAGGAGUCCAUUAGGCUUACGGAGAAUUUUAGUGUCGAAUAUUAGCAUCAAGUAGCAUUGCAAAACUGUAGAUAGUUUCAAUACAUAUUCCUUUACGACUUUGACGACGUCGGUGGCGCAGUGGUAAAGUUCUUGCCACUGAACCGAGAGGGUCGCACACGGGACGUGCGAUCCCCGGUCGGGUCAUGAUGGAAAACGAUCUUUUUCUGAUUGGCCCGGGUCUUGGAUGUUUAUCUAUAUAUGUAUUUGUUAUAAAAUAUAGUAUCGUUGAGUUAGUAUCCCAUAACACAAGUGUCGAACUUACUUUGGGGCUAGGCUCAAUAUGUGUGGUUUGUCCUCAUUUAUUUAUUAUUAUUAUUUAUUAUUUACAUAUUGUGUUGCAUAAUAAUAUUCGGACUUUAAAAACCUAGUAGUCACGGAAGAAGGAUUGACGACGUCUUAUGUAUGUAAUGUAAAUAAGCCUAAAAUGUCUAUAGUAUGGUCUGAACUGGAAACUAUGAUAAAACAUAUAAUUCACCAAGUAAUCAACAAAAUUUCACUGUAUCUUUGGCUUAUGUAGUAAAGGUUGAAAUUAUUUUCUAAAUUCCAAACACACAGACUAAUAAAGAGUCUAAACAGACAGAUUCUAGUACUAACAUUUGGCACUCGGUCUAACGGGUUGGACUGUAAAUACGGGUUUGACUUCAAUCAGUGUAAAAAACAAACUGGAUAUUGUUUUGUUACCAGCAAGAUAUUAUAUUACUGCAAAAAGUAAACAAUGCCGUGAGAGCUUCCGACAAGAAAAGCCGGUGGACGUAACAAGUGUAUAGGUUACAAAAGUUACGACAGAAACUUUUUAUUGGUAUGUGUACCUUUAUGUUUUGAAUGCGUGAGAGCUCUUUAUAACGUCAUUGUUGGAUUUAUAUUUGUUAUCUGUACUCGUCGUACAAACACUGUUGAUACGAGUACAGAUAUAUUUUAGGAGUUCAAAAAUCACUAGCUUAGAAGCACAAGUACAAUUUGCAGCACUAUUUAUGAUGUACGUAGUUAUAGAUAAUUUUGAGUUCUUAAAUUUGAGUCCCAAUUUAAUUAGGUAUUGUGUUUAUUGUUUUUAUUAUUAUUAUUUCAUGUCUGUAUUAUUUCAUCUGUGAUCUCAAGCCAUGAUAAUAUCAUGGCUUGAGACCACAGAGCGGAGACCAAUUUGUCUUAAUCGAUUUGAUGUUCUUUGUGUACUGUAAAGUUUUUGUGAUUUACGGCAAAUAAACAUUUUUUCUUUCUUUCUGUAUAUCUAUGCUGAAAUAAAGAAAUGUUAAUGAUUA